GCGGCCUGCCGACGUGGCGACGGAAGAGGAUCAGCUGUGCGGCAUCGAACUGAUCACCAUGUCCCAGGCUGCCCCCUCUGACGUGGAGCCGUCAGCAGACACUACCGGACUACCGGUCCAGCCCCCCCUCGCCCAACCAGACUCCUGUCAGGAUGUCCCAGCAGCCCUCACACCGCCCUCGGCCCCCCCGCAGCCUCCUGAGAGUAUCAACCUCACACAGUCCCCUGAGGAGAUGACCCCGGAGGAUGCUGCCACCAGGCCCGACUCUUCAGAGGAUCUGACUGAUCAGCCAAUGGAGUGUGCCUCUGAGGGUCAGCUGAUCGAAUGUGAUCAACCAGUGAGCCUGGAGCCGGAGGCGGAGGCUGCAGAGGAGGAUGUGGAGAGGUCAAUGCAGGACAAAGAGAAAGGUUGGGGAGGUUGGGGUUCAUGGGGAAAAUCUCUUCUGAGCAGCGCCUCCUCCUCUGUGGGUCAGAGUCUGAGCUCAGUUAAGGUGAAGGCGGAAGAGGCCCUGCGUCUCCAUAGGACCUCAGUGGGAGAGGAGGCGAGUGAAGAGGAGGAGGGGAGAGCAGAGGUGAAGAGAGAGGGAGGAGGAGAGAGUGCAGAGGUGAAGAGAGAGGGAGGAGAAGAGAGUGCAGAGGCUGACUCGUCCACAUCUGUGGAGUCUUCUUCUCCGACUGCAGCAGCUUCUAGCAGAGGGGUUUUCUCCUCCAUCACACAUGCUGUGCAGAACACAGGCAAGUCAGUGAUCAGUGGAGGUCUGGAUGCUUUGGAGUUCAUUGGGAAAAAGACGAUGAAUGUUCUGGCUGAGAGCGACCCAGGUUUCAAAAAGACCAAGACUCUGAUGCAAAAAACGGUGUCACUGAGUCAGAUGUUGAAGGAGGCCAAGGAGAAGGAGCGGUCACGUCUGGAUAACCACCCAAUCAGUGCUCCCACAGCUCACUAUGGGAUUCUGUUUGACGACUACCAGGGCCUGUCACACCUCGAGGCCCUGGAGAUUCUGUCCAAUGAGAGCGAGACCAAGGUUCAAGCAUUCCUGUCCCCCCUGGUGGAAGAGGAGCAGGACGAGGUGAAGAAGGAGCUGAUUCUAAUCAAGGACAUUUUCAUCAAACGAGAGGAGGACGAGGAGGGGGAUGUAGAAGGAAAAGAAGGAAAAGAAGGAGAACAGACGAAGGAUAACGGUGAUCUAAGUUCCCAAUUACACAGUUCUACCCCCCUGUCUGCUGAUGGUGAAGAGUUUGUGAGUGUUCUCACGGAGCUGCUGUUUGAGCUUCAUGUUGCUGCAACGCCAGACAAACUCAACAAGGCUCGGCUGAGGGCCCACGACUGGGUGAGUGAGGUGGAACAACCUGUCACUACGGAGACAGUUGGCAGGGAAACGCAGGACCAGCAGGGAGGAGAGGCCACAUCUGCAGGGAAUGAAAAGGACGAGAAGGAGGAAAGUGGAGAGGAGCAGGGGGAGCCGAUGAAGGGAGGAGAGGAAAAAGAGGAAGAGGAGAACAACUCCAGAUCUGUAGAGACUGUCUACCUGUCAUCAGUAGGCAGUUUGGCUGAAGUGACAGCUCGCAGUAUUGAGCAGCUCCACAAGGUGGCAGAGCUCAUCCUCCACGGUCAAGAGUUGGAGAAACCAGCCAGAGACCAGGCCCACAUCCUCACCAGGUUGACAUGUGCCAUGUGUAAGGAGGUGGAGUGUUUGGCCAAGAAGUUCUCUGAUACGCUGCUUCUUGUCGGGGGCCAGAGGAAAGCAGAGGAGCUGAAUCCACUGGCAGACAGUGUUCUGUUAGAGGGCUCCAACAGUACCAACUACAUCCAGGAUGCAUUUCAGCUGCUGCUUCCCGUCCUGCAGAUCUCCCACAUCCAGAGCCAACACUGUCGAUCCACCACAGAACCAGCUGCUCAGACAGAGCACUAACCCCUAACCCUACACACACACACACACACACAC